AUGCUAACCUUGCAUGACCUCCCCAGGUUGUAUAUUCCAACCAACACUAGUCGCAAUACAAGCCCACUGUCCCAAAUCCCAACGCGCAGUAAUAACAUCCAACCGCAACUUCCUACGAUCCGCAGGAGGUGCCGUAGGACUAGCAGUCUCUUCCACCAUCCUCUCGAAUGUUCUCAGAGGCUCCCUACCCGAAACUCUCGCGUCGGUGGCCAAAAGUCCUUUUGCGAUUCCGGAUCUCUCGAAUUUCUCUGCUGGGGAUGCUGA